ACGAGGGGGUGGGGACGCGACCGUCGUUGGGUCAAAAUGUCGAUUCAGUACGAGGUGGAACAGCUGGCCGACAGCUACGGGGUCGCGGACUCUUUCCCCAAAGACUUCGGCUAUGGCGAAGAGGAGGCCGACAUCGAGGACAGCCCGGCGCCGUCCGACAGCAAACCGAGGAUCCUGCUCAUGGGGCUGAGAAGAAGUGGCAAAUCAUCCAUACAGAAGGUGGUGUUCCACAAAAUGUCUCCCAAUGAGACUUUGUUCCUGGAGAGCACCAACAAGAUCUACAAGGACGACAUCUCCAGCAGCUCCUUUGUCAACUUCCAGAUCUGGGACUUCCCGGGUCAAGUAGACUUCUUCGACCCCACCUUCGACUACGAGAUGAUCUUCAGAGGAACCGGGGCUUUGAUAUUUGUCAUCGACGCUCAGGACGACUACGUGGAGGCCCUGGGCAGGCUUCACCUCACCGUGUCUCGGGCCUACCGGAUCAAUCCAGAGAUCAACUUCGAGGUGUUCAUCCACAAAGUGGACGGCCUCUCAGACGACCACAAGAUCGAAACCCAGAGAGACAUCCAUCAGAGGGCCAACGACGACCUGGCAGACGCCAACUUAGAGAAGCUGCAUCUCAGCUUUUACUUGACGAGUAUUUAUGACCACUCCAUCUUCGAGGCCUUCAGCAAAGUGGUGCAGAAGCUCAUCCCUCAGCUCCCCACCCUGGAGAACCUGCUGAACAUCUUCAUCUCGAACUCUGGGAUCGAGAAGGCCUUCCUGUUCGACGUGGUCAGUAAGAUCUACAUCGCCACGGACAGCUCCCCUGUGGACAUGCAGUCCUACGAGCUGUGCUGUGACAUGAUCGACGUGGUCAUCGACGUCUCCUGCAUCUACGGCCUGAGGGAGGACGGCAGCGGCAGCGCCUACGACAAGGAGUCCAUGGCCAUCAUCAAGUUGAACAACACGACCGUGCUGUACCUGAAAGAGGUCACCAAGUUCCUGGCGCUCGUCUGCAUCCUACGAGAAGAGAGCUUUGAGCGCAAAGGAUUAAUAGACUACAAUUUCCACUGUUUCCGGAAGGCCAUCCACGAGGUGUUUGAGGUGGGUGUUUCCACGCAGCGUUCCGUUGGCCCCCAGGCGGUGGGCUCGCCCUGCACCAAGGCCGUCGCACUAAACGGCACGCCGCGCAACACCGUCUGAAACGCACGACGACGAUGACGACAAGGAGAGAGAGAGAUAGAUAGAGAGAGAGAGAAAAAAAAAAAAGAAAGAUGGUAAAGGGAAGGAAGAAUAUGCCGAGCGCCUGCAGAGGAGAGACUGCGCCACCAGCACCCAAAGUACUGAGACGGGGAGACUGCACAGCCCUCUGCAUCGGUUCCAGCUGGAUGCAAAGGCAACGCGCUAAACCUGCACCUGCACCACAGCAGGUUCAGGAUGUUUAUUUUUUUUUUCCUCCAGCGGUCGAAGGCCGCCGUUUAUAAGCUGCUGGUCCCUCUUCGUGAACACAAACCAGGUCGGUUUCUGCAGGAACACGAGCCCGACCACGUCUGCUGACUUGCAGAGAAAUCCAUACACGAGAACCGCUAACGUCACAUGUUCAGACACGGCCUUACGUAGAUGAAGCUUGUCCUCAGCGCGAGCCUCCUCUCAGCACCACCCACCUCACGCUACCUGAAUGCUGCCCGAAGCUCGCUGUUUGGUUUCACUUGUGAAGGGAAAACAAGCUUUUGUGAGCAGCCCGAAAAGGGAUUGUGUUGUCCAUCUAACUUUUUUUUGUGUGUGUGUGUGUGUGUGUGUCUCGCUUAAUGAAAGGGUUUAUUUAGAUCCUGGACUGGGACCUUUUCCCUCCUCCUCCAUAAUCGCAGCUUAGCAUAAUUAUGCUCUCCUCAGUGAAAGUAACUUUACUGUGUGCGCUCCACGGAAAAUCUCAUGUUUAAUUGAGUUUGUAGGAAAAAGGAAAUAGUUUUGAUUCUUAACACAAGCACCGGGGGGGGGGGAGGGUUGACUAGCCUAAGAAAGCAGCAGGGCUUCACACUCCGUCUGUCCGACGCAUUUUGGGGCGAUGAAGGUGAUUUGAACCGGUUGGAAGGUGCACGUUUCUCCACCUACAGGCCUGUGUUGUGUAUUUAGUUUGGCUCCGUUCAUUCCAAGCAUGCGUCCGUCACGCGUUGCCAGCUGGUGUCCUUCUCAUCCGCCACGCCGCUUGUUGCUUUCAAAGGGGGGGGGGGAGUGGAAAUGAAGCUUAACCAAGACGCGUCCACCAGGACGGGAAAAAGACCAAACUCUACACUGAGACCCAACGUGUUGAUGCCUGUGUGUUUAUUUCAGGCUGCUUCUAGAGGACAGGAACCGGAUUUAAUGCACCCGCUGAGUAAAAGGCCGGAUAAACGUUGGCGUUCCAGACACGAGGGCGCGUUUGGCCGAUUUUACUCGGCAAAGUUCUUUCGAUGACUCUUCACCUCGUCGUUACCGGUCAGCAGAAAAUAAACACUUGCACAUCAGAACUGUGAUGGAUGAUUGAUUUACUGUAUCGUGAUGACAUACCAUGUGAAAUAAAUGAACAUUUUAAUUUUA